CUGCUUGACUCUCCUGAUCAACCGGGACUCCUUGCCUGCCUGAAAGAUGUCGUGCACCAGCCUGUGCAACACGUCCUGUGGGGUGGCCGCCCCUGCCCCUCUGGCUGACACCUGCAACGAGCCCUGCGUGCGGCAGUGCCCCGACUCCACAGUGGUGAUCCAGCCCCCGGCCUCAGUGGUCACCUUCCCCGGGCCCAUCCUCAGCUCCUUCCCACAGCACAGCACCGUUGGCUCAGCUGGAGCCCCGACCAUUGGAUCGGGCUUUGGCGGCAGUUUUGGAGGCCAUGGUGGCUGGGGUGGUUAUGGAGGCCAUGGGGGCUAUGGGGGCUGGGGUGGCUAUGGAGGGUAUGGGGGCUUUGGUGGCUUUGGAGGUUGUGGAUCUGGCGGCUGGGCCCGAGGCCACAGAUACCUCAACGGCAACUGCUCACCCUGCUAA